AUGAACCCAGAGAAACCUAAUCCGUACCCAUCCGGCCCGCCACCAGCUUACUCGGCGCAACCCUCUGCUGCACACACUGACGUUUACCCUGCGUAUCCGGUUCAAUCGUAUCCGCCACCUUUUGUGAAUAGUGGGUAUCCGCCAACGACUGCCAGUGGUGCGUACCCGCCCGUGUCCUAUGGCGGUGCACCAUAUGGUGGUGCCCCGUAUCCAGUGACACCCUACCCAACGGCCGCGGAAGCCGCUACAGGGCAGAGUAUGCCAUCGAAAAAGGGUCAGAGCGGACAAGUAUUUGGACCGUAUUUGAGAUAUGUAAAUAUGGAUGUGGGGAACCGGAUGUGGUUUGGUUCCAUCCUUGUUCUUACCAGCUCACCUUCCCCCGUCACGGCCACGGUCUAUUCCAACCUCCCCGGUACCUCCCCCCUCUACGUUCCCUCCAACGUGAUUGACACCCACCUCCAAUACACUUUUCACCGUAUCGACCUCACCCUCCCAAUGGGGGACUAUCCUGCCAUGUGGACAUAUUCCAUAGACGCAUUGUCAGAGCAAACUUUUAAUUUUCACGUAGCUUCUGUGCAUGAUCGCAACUGGCGGUUUGCGUUCUAUUCUUGUAGUGGGUUUAGUAAUAGCGUGUCCAAGGAAGAGAGGGAGCGAUUGGGUGGUGUGGGUGCGCUUUGGAAGGAUGUUUUGAGUCUUCAUCGUGAAAAUGGCAAAGAGUUUCAUGUCAUGUUGGGAGGUGGUGAUCAGAUAUAUGGAGAUCCCAUCUGGAAGGAGCUUGACGGCCUCAAAGCAUGGCUUCAAAUCAAGGGCAAAGAAAACCGUCGAAACGCUCCAUGGACUCCAGAACUCGAAUUCGCAGUCUCUUCCUUUUACUUUAACAUGUACACUAGCCAUUUUGCGACCCCGCACCUUAGAGAAGCCCUGGCCUCCAUUCCCUCCAUUUUUCAAAUUGAUGAUCACGACAUUUUCGACGGAUAUGGGUCGUACCCAGAGUACCUUCAGCACUCUCAGUACUUUCAAAACAUUGGACGUAUCGCUUGGAGAUUUUAUUUACUUUUCCAACAACACACUACCAUGCGUCUUGCUGCGCUUGGUGGACCCCAUGCACGAGAAUUCAUUUCCCCUAAUGGUCAAACUUUCCAUUUCGUCAAGCUCCUCGGACCCAGUGUUGCUCUCUUCGGUCCCGACACCCGCAGCGAACGAACCCCAAUGCAAAUCCUCUCACCCCAAUCUUACAACCUUCUUUUCCAAACCCUCAGAACCCUUCCGCCCACCAUCAAGCACGUCAUUGCCAUGCUCGCAGUUCCCAUCGUCUACCCGCGUCUCAAAGCACCCGAAACUUUAUUAACCCACUUUGGCAAAACAAAACGAUCAGCUAAUAAUGCUGUAAAUGAGAUUGGAAAGGGCCUGGGAAGUGUGGCUGGAAGUGCUGGGCGAUUAUUGGGAAAAGGCACGAUUGAUGAUGUGCUUGGAAAUGUUAAAAAGGGUUUGGGCAAGAGUGGGUUGAUGAGUGGUGUGAUUAGUCAGUUUGGGGAGGUGGAUCUGCUUGACGACCUGAUCGAUCAUUGGACCCACCCCAACCACACCCCCGAACGUACGGCCCUCAUAACCCGCCUCCAAGCCCACGCCUCCCAAACACGUACCCGCAUCUCCUUCAUAUCCGGCGACGUCCACUGCGCCGGUGUUGGUCGCUUCUUUACUCCAACCAACCCAACAGAUCCAACCCUCAUGUACCAAUUCAUCGCCUCCGCCAUCGUUAACAUCCCUCCACCGAAAGGCGUCCUCAAAAUGCUACAUUCAAGCGCAAAACAAUUGGACUUUGGCAAUGGGGUCAAGGAGGAGAUGCUGGAUAUGUUUCCCAAGGACGUGGAUGGGAAAACGUUAAAGGAUCAGAAAUUGAUUGGACGAAGGAAUUGGGGGGUGGGAUGUGUGGUUGGUGAUGAGUUGCAUGUGGUGAUUAGAGUGGAAGGAACGCAGACGGGGGUGUGUGUUCCUUUUGGUCCUAUUGUGGUCCCUCCCGUCGUUUGA